AUGCCUCAAUCGCUAUCUGGUACACUCGUUCACGUUUCAAACGCAUCAGAUGGUACUGGUUGGUGUACUCCAUUCAUGGGUCUUACUGCCAACUUAUCACUCGUAGCGCAAGUUUUUAAUGGCACCAUUCAAUCAUUAUUGGGACCCAGUAUUUCCUUGAAUACUUGGUAUCAUGUUGUACAAACCUGGAGUCCAACGAACGGUUUACGUCUCUAUGUGAACCGACAGAUGAGAAAUCUGCCUUUAGCUACUACCUUUACGGCAAGCAAUGAAUCAAUCACGUACGUGACCCUAGGUAAUGGUCUUCCCAGCUCAGAAAUUUGUCCACAAGGAAUACUCAACUCUACCAUACCAUUUACUGGUGCUAUUGAUGACUUUAGAGUGUACAGUCGAGAACUGACAUCUGUCGAUAUUGACAAAAAUGCAUGCAAUGAAUUACGUGAUCUUCAUUUAACUGACCAUGAUUUUACAAAAGUAGCAUUUUAUUCGAAAGAACUUAUACGAAUUGAUUCACAUAAUCAGUUAGAUCAUCAAUAUAAAGAAACAAUUCUUGAUCUUCUUUCAGUUGUUGAUAAAGCAUUACAAAGUUUGGUAUCAUCAUGA